GUCAAUUUGACACUGACAGUAUUUUCUAAACAACCGUACCGACGCUGUUUGCGUACGGUAUAGUUACGUUGUUUUCAUCUUGUGCUCAUGUGCAGUUUUUAUGAAGCGUGUUUGGUGUAGUCUACGAAACCAGAUAAGAACUAUGGCUAACAUUCCGCCAAGGAAAAUUUCGCCAUCCAGCAAGCCUUCUAAACAGGAUGCCUCGCCGCUGCAAAUACUUCUACAGAUGGGUUUUCCGAGACACCGGGCAUUGAAGGCUUUGGCUGCUACGGGGAACCGCAGUGUGCAGCUAGCGUCGGAUUGGUUGCUGACGCACGUAAACGACACCUACAUCGAUGCGGACCACCCGCGCGAGUACAUUCUGUACGCGAAUCCGACGGGCGCGUUACUUACGCAACUGCACGACUUCUGGGCCAAGUCUAAAAAGUUGGGAGGGUGGAAUGGAGCUCAUAAUUUCCCCCCUCAUAUUACACUAGUCUCAUUUUUUAAGGCACCUGAUGAGACGUCCCUGCAACUGGCUAAAGCAGUGAAAAGUGUUAUAGAGACAGUGGGGGAUCCCCCGGCCUGCCCCCUGAAGUUGGACCCCUACAUCUCACAGAACUUCAUGGGACUCUUUGUGUCUGAAGAACAUGCUGAGUAUUUGAAAAAGAUAGCAGUCCAGUAUGUAAAGCAAGUUUCAACUUUGUUGGGUGUAUCCAUGGAUACAUAUGAACAUUUGGAUGCAUUGGGGACAUGUUUCCCCUGGUGCACCAUGCCCCAAGAAAAACCAAUUAAAUCCAUUAACUUGGAGGCGCAUGUGAAGUCCCUCCAUAUCACGCUGGCGUACCACUUCGAGGUGGCGGCGUUCGACGGGCUGAAGGCGCUGGUGGAUGAGCUGCAGCCCUUGGAGACAUCCAGCUGGGAGCUGCGGCUCUACUCCAGGGAUCCCAAGUUCGCUAAUCACCAGGUGCACAAAGUGACGCAGGGCUACUCGCCGCUGGCGAGCGACGAGCUAGAAUUGGUGCUCGGAGACUACAUUUACAUCGAGGAGAAGGCGUUCGAAAGCUCGCCGGACGGCUGGGUUCCUGGCACCUCGUGGCUCACGGGCGUGAGCGGCUACUUGCCGGCUGUGUUCACGCGGCGCACGGCGGAAUCGGACGCGUGGACGCUACACCGCGCGAUUUCGCUUGGGAAUAACAGCGGCUCGGAUUGCAAGUCCGAAUCAGAUUCGAACACGGACGGGGAGAUGGCCGGAUACCCCCACGAGGACGCCACGCAACUAGGACACGAAAAAUCAGAGGAGGUUUACAAGGCGUGGCAGAAGUACUGGGAUGUGGUCAUGACUGAACAGAAGAGUGACAGUGUUAUAAACAUUACGCAGGGCACUAGUAUCGACUGGAAAUCAAAUACACAAGGAACUGGUGAUAUGGAAACCAAAGCUAAGCCAGACCGCCGCUGGUUCUUCGCGAUGCGUCACGGCGAGCGCGUCGACCUAACAUACGGCUCAUGGGUGCCUUUCUGCUUCGACGAGGCCGGUAACUACGUGCGCAAGGAUCUUAACAUGCCGCUCACACUCGGCGAACGAGUCGGCGGCUGCGAGUCGUACUCCAAAGACACCCCACUAACCCGAGUAGGGCGGCUGCAGGCGACGCUGGUGGGCGAGGGGCUCCGCCUGGCGCAGCAGCCCAUCUCGCACGUGUACGCGUCCUCCGCGUUGCGCUGCGUGGAGACGGCGCACUACAUGUUGGAGGGUUACCAGAACCCGUCGCUCAAGGUGAAGGUGGAGCCAGGUCUGUUCGAGUUCAAGAACUGGCACCUGACGCCAACAAUGGCUCCUUUCAUGACGCCGCAGGAGCACCACAAAGCCGGGAUCAACGUCGACUUGAAUUACAAGCCGUACAUAGAAUUGGACAUUACCACAUCAGAGACUUUAGAAGAUUUUUAUAAAAGGAAUGAGCUGGUGAUGCAUUCGGCGGUCAAGGACACUGAGGCGGAAGGCGGCAACAUAAUCUUCAUCGGUCACGCGGCCACGCUGGACAUGAUGGUGCUGGCGCUGAAGCGGCUGAGCCCGGGCGCGGGCUCCCCGGGGCCGGAGCCGGAGCCGGAGCCGGAGCCCUACACCCUCAACCCGCACCUGCUGCGCGUGCCGUACUGCGCGCUCGGCGCCGUGCGCGACAACCCGUGGCAGGUGGUCUGCCCGCCCUGCCCGCCCUCCAUCAACUCCAGCUCCGGCAGGUUCGAUUGGAAGAUAUUGCUAGAUUUGUAAAUUGUAAUAUUGUUCAAUUAAGUGAAAUGUUAGCUGUAUCUGAGCAUGUUGAUCGCACUGAGAAUCGUUCGAUAGUUAACGCAGGUAUAUAGUACGAAUCUUCACAAAUGAGCCUAAGACCCUAAUCCGUUAAACAAAAGCCAUUGUUUCUUUUGUGCGAGUGGUGGGCUCCCGUGUCUGAGCGCGUGCCAAAGCAACAUUCGUUUGAAAAGCGUAUCGUGGUGGUUUUAAGGUUCAAAUUGAAGUACUAUAACAUAUUUUGGUAAUGUAGGACCAUCGACCACCUCAAUGUAGGCGAGCGCUCAUAUUAUUACAUAUAUUUGAACCUUAAAACCACCAUGAUACAGCCACUUUUUAAACGUUAUUGUUGCUUUGACACGCGCUCAGACACGGUAGCCCACCACUCGCACAAAAGAAACAAUGGUUUUUGUUUAACAGAUUAGGGUCUUAAGCGUAAAAAUCAUUUAAGAAAAUUCAUACUACAUGUAACAUGGCGUCAUUUUCAUACACUAUGCUUUAAUAGAGCUAAACGGUGACACAUUCUAUAAAUACUGUCUUCCCAUACGAUGCGACGCCUGUGUACAUAAACAAACGUAAAUGUACAUAAAACGUCAACGGAAACAGUCCUUAAAGCUCUUUCCCUCUGACGUCCAGUUUUUUGCUUUUACGGUUUUCUGCAGGAUCCCGUUUUAAUAGUUGACGUGCUAAUAUAGUGACGUUCACAGCAUUCUGUUUGCUGGAUCUAAAAAUGGGAUCUUGCACAAAACCGUACCCUCAAAAAACUGGUUGUCAGUGGGAUAGACCUCUUAGGGUUGCACUGAGCUGACGUGAUCGCGUAGCAUUUUUCAAGGUGUUUACUUUGAUAAUGUUGUGGUUUAAUGGCGUUUAUUUUAUGAGAGUUAUGGCAAUUUCUUUGAUCGCAAUUAUUUGAGAUAAAUAUGUAUGGUCAAAGCAAGAUGGUUCUGAUUAUACUAGAAGUCUUUGGAAGUCUCAUACAAUUUCAAAUAAUUUCAGUCAUACAUCAAUUUAAUUUGUUACGAAUAAUGUUUUAAUACGAAAUCUGUAACUUCAACAUCAAAUUGUAGAGAUUAACUUAAAGAUCAUCGAAUUUUAUUGGUAUUUUUUAUAAUUAAGUUAACAGGCCCCGUAAAUCAAACCAUUUAAUGAAUCGAUAAAUCUUGAGUAUAAAAUCAUUGUAUCAAAACAAAAAGCUAGAGUUCACGAAGGCAUGGCACCUGUUAAUUUUAUCCAUACUAAUAUUAUAAAUGCGAAAGUCUGUCUGUCUGUGUGUUCCCUCUUCACGCUUAAACCGCUGAAUCGAUUUAGAUGAAAUUUGGCAUAGAGAUAGGUUGAGUCCCUGAGAAGGACAUAUAGAAAUCAGACAUAGGAGGGUGGAAUUGAGAUAAUUAAUGAAGUGCCUGCUAAUUUGUGUGCAUAAUUUGCUCAAAUUGAAUAAUUGCUAUAACAAUUUUUCCAGGCGCUAUACUUACUUUAGCUGCUGUUACUAAGUCCACGCAGACGAAGUCGCGGGCAAAAGCUAGUAGUUUAUCAUUUUUUGUAAAACAUGUUCAUCUUACUGUGAUAAUUACUCGGAAAUGCUUUCCACAUUCCUAGAGUUUCAGUGAACGAUAGAAUUAUAUUGUUACUUAAUUAUUUGUAGAUAUCUAACUUAUGGCAUAGAAUUAAAAUAAUCUAAGCAAUUUUACUGUAUAAAUACUUUCUCUACUAUAUUGUUUUUUCACUGAGCAUUAAUUUAACCCUUUGAAGGCCACGUCUAUCUUGCGCGGCGCGUCAUCGUGAGCCUUAUCGCAAUGCACGAAGGUUGGUAUUAGGCUGUAGCCGCGCGUCAGUUGACGUCUUUAAUUGUCAUAGGGUUAAACUUAAUUCUCAGUCCACAUAUUUGCAUGCAGUCGAUCAAUAUUAUAAAGGGACUUAAUAAUUAUGUCACUGAAGAAAUUCAUGCAGUGGCCGAAAGGUCCACAUCAUGGUAUAAUAAUAUCAAGGUACUCUCUUCCGAGACUCGCGAACCACGUGACUGACAAGCCUACGUCAUCAUGCAGGUUCACGAUGACGUAGGCUAGUGUCAGUAACGUGGUUCGCGAGUCUCGGAAGAGAGUACCAGGCGGAGUAUAUUAUCAUACCAUGGUCCACAUAGUAUUUUAUUUCUAGUCUGUGUUGAUAGGCAAUUAUAAUUAUGGGCAUUUUCACUUAAAAGUGUACCAUUAACUUUGUUUCGAUAAUCUAUCAACUUUUGGGUUAUUUCUACUCAGAAUCACGAGGAUUUAAACAGAAAAAAAUGUGUCCCCAUAAAAAUGACACUUUUGUAACGCAUUUUCACAUACCGUUAUAAAACUGUCACCCAAAAUUUGUAUGAAACACCGAGGACACUUUUUUUCUUUGUCUCAUUCAAUAGUUCUCAUUCACUCGUGAUUCUGAGUCUAAAUAAAGUAGUCUAAUAAAAAUUGAUGGGUUUCCGAAAAAAAGUAAAUGGUACAAUUUUUUCUGAAAACCCCCUUAUAGCAUAUUUUAAUAUAGAACCAUCAGAGUCAAUACAGUUCAUGUUUGUACUUUUAUAAAAUCUUUUGGCUCUGUUGACUCUGUUGUUUGUAAAGCAAACGUCACUGCCAAUUUACGUAUUGAAAUUAUUAUUCUACCAUUGUCCACACCGUUAACUGAGGAUUGGUAAACCUUAUGGCAAAGAUGUAACACAUAAGAUUAACUAAUUACUUAGUACUAGCUAAGAAACACCGUACACCUCUUGUAAUAGGGCUGGCUGGUCGAAGUAUUUUACAGGUGGCGCCAGCAUAGGUUUUCCUGUCAGUUCGAAGAAAAGCGUAAAAUUCAUGUUUUCUUUGUGGGAAUUUUAUGGCUUGGAUGCUAGCCCUUUAAGCCAAAUCUCAUAGAAACAAACUAUAGACAGGUAGAACCUAUGGCGCCAUCUACACAAACCUUUAACUAACCCCAUUGAUGUUAGUAAUAAACAAGAACAAACAAAGUUACUUAUUAGUUUCAAAAUUUAGAAUUGCGCAUUAAAUGGUUGCCGUCCGUAUAUUUAGCCUAUGUACGUCCCACGGCUGGGCACAUGCCUCUUCCCAUGUGCGAGAGGGUUUGGGCUAUAGUCCCCACGCUGGCCCAAUGCGGGUUGGGUUUGUAUACAACUUUGUUUUUUUAUUUUGUUUUAUAACUGGUAUAGAUUAUUGAGGACAAACUUUAAAUUGCACCGUCUGUGCAAUCGCGGCUUCUUGUGGUAGCUCCCAUGGCAGAGUUUAAACCCAUACGACUUCAAUCACGGUACCUGUGCAUUAUGUACUUCUUAUGCCUUAUUAGACUGAUUAGAUUGUUAUUAAUCAUGAUUAUCAAUGUAAGUAAACAAUUCAAUACACUUAGCCUUAAGAAAUGUAAGAUUAAAUAAAUGUCUCAUAAUUA